AUGUUUACGGACAAAAUCUGGACUUUGCUGCAGACGGAACUCGAGGACACGAGCGGCGAUGGUGCGUGCGACGGCAGCAUCGGCGGUCCCAAUCUCGCCUGUCCCGAGGGCACCAGCGGGCUGGUCGUCGGCCCGGAAACGUCGCCGAGCGUAAUGGAGUGCGGUGGAUGCGGCGAGCGGGUACGCGAGCGGACCGUCUUCUGCGUGGGCGGACGUACGUGGCACUCCAGGUGCCUGAGGUGUUGCGCCUGUUCCAGGCCGUUGCACGAUCAGCAAUCGUGCUUCCUGAGAGGAAACCCCAUACGGGUGUACUGCAGGCACGACUACGCCCUAACCUUCGGCGCCAAGUGCGCGAAAUGCGGGCGCAUCGUGGGUGCCGGGGAUUGGGUGAGAAGGGCCAGGGAAAGGGUUUAUCAUCUGGCCUGUUUCGCGUGCGACGCUUGCUCGCGUCAGCUGUCGACCGGCGAGCAAUUCGCCCUCCUGGACGCCCGGCUGCUCUGCAAAGCGCACUAUCUCGACGUCGUCGAGGGCAACAACACCUCCUCCGAUGAAGGCGGUGACUCAGAGAGUGGCCACAAGGGCGGUAACAAGGCGAAGCGAGUUAGAACCACAUUUACCGAGGAGCAGCUAUCCGUUCUCCAAGCGAAUUUUCAAUUGGACAGCAAUCCCGACGGCCAGGACCUCGAGAGGAUAGCGCACGUAACCGGACUCAGCAAGAGGGUGACGCAAGUGUGGUUUCAAAAUUCGAGGGCGAGGCAGAAGAAGCACCUUCAUACGGGCAAGAUGAAGGGACAGCACGUGCACCAAUCGCCGCCAAACUCCACCGUAUCGCCUAACGAUUUCGGCCGCCACAUCAACUUGCAUUUGACGUACUCGUUUCAACAUCAGCAGCAGCAUCAGCAGCAGCAGCAACCGCAGCUUAGCCCGGCCACGUGCAAGAGCCCGACAGGCUCCAUUUAUCACAAUCAUGGAUCGGAGCAGUCUAUGGACGAGCUCUCGCAAGACUCGAUGCUGCUGUCUAUGCCGAACGAGGUUUAAUGACGAUUUCGAUUAUUAUAUUGUAAAUACACAUGGCGUUGCUUUAAAAGAAAAAGCGUCGAAGGUAGAGGAGAGAUACCGCGUCUCGAGGAAGCAUCGGUGAAUGCCUGGUUAUCUUUUUAUUUAUCCCCAAGGAAAGUGGAAGUUGAUUCGUCGCUCGCUA